AUGGCCUCGUUCUUUCGGGUGCUGUUGCCCGUGGCUUUGCUCGUUGGGCAUGCCCUUGGCCAUCCUCAGGAUAUCGCUCGCCGGGCUAACGUUGUCGUGUCUAAUACUGGGAGUUCACUGACAUAUGUCUUUCAAAACAACCUCAAUGCUUCAGACGACGUCAAUCAUGUCGGCGCUAUCCUGCUUGACCCGAUGCCAGCAUCUGCCGGUUCGGCUGCUUGUCAGGCGUUGAGCGAGACUCUGUUGACUCAAGCGACCAUUCAGAACUACAGCAGUGAUUUCUCUUCCGCUUUAUCAUACCUGGCGUUCUCUGGGAGAGUGUCUCCAAAUCAGGUGUACCACAUUGCCGGUGGCGCUUUGCAGGUCUCCAGUCAAGCACAACUCUCCUUCCCUGCCAUGGCACAGAACGACUCUGCGUUGCCUGUACUCUGCACCCAGUCAAGCAAUGCAAGCCAGCCUCCAAACUCGACAGCAAAUGCCUCAAAUCAGGUCGUGGUCGCGGCAGCCGACAACACUUAUAUCGGCUAUCGAAACCAGAAAUCGUUUCGCUUCCUGGGCAUCCGAUAUGCUGACCCGCCACAGCGAUGGGUUUACUCCCACCUGUACACGGGAACUGGCAAAACGGUGAACGCCACUGCGUAUGGCGCCCAGUGUUCUCAGCCGUUUGUCAAUGGGACGAGUGAGGAUUGCUUGUUCCUCAACAUUCAAACCCCGUACAUCCCCAAAGCUGGAUCAUCCGGGGGUCUGAGACCCGUCUUAUUUUGGAUCCACGGUGGAGGAUUUACUGGAGGCACUGGAGCCGAUCCGCUCAGUGAUGGUGGCAACCUAGCUUCUCGAGAAGAUAUUGUGGUCGUGACCAUCAACUACCGACUGUCAACGCUGGGCUUUCUCGCCAUUCCCGGCACCAACAUCAAAGGAAACUUUGGCAUUGGAGACCAGAUCGUCGCCUUGAACUGGACUGUCCAGAAUGUUGCCAAGUUCGGCGGAGAUCCGACCAAGAUCACCAUCAUGGGCGAAUCUGCUGGAGCCGGCUCAGUCCGAACCCUGCUCGGCAGUCCUCCUGCCAUCGGGUUGUUCCAGGGCGCCGUCGCCAUGUCCAACCUGGGCGGCGGGGUCACCCUCGGGCUUGAAGGCAACUACGGUACCACUUACUCGUCAUACUACACUGUGAACGAGUCCUACACAGUGGCCGGACCUCAGAUUUUCAACUCGUCAAAUUGCACCCAGCAAACAUUGAGCGGCAAGAUCGCGUGUCUCAAGAAGGUCAAUGCCACCGACCUGGUGAAUUUCGAGACUGUGGCCAGAUACGUGGUCCAAGACGGCACCAUUGUCAACUCGUCUGAACUCAACGUGGUCAAAAGGAAUGCGGGAAGUGCCUAUGUCCCGAUCAUGUUUGGCAAUGCUGCCAAUGACGGCGCCUCGUUUUCCACCCUAUCCCCGACUCCCGUGCACAACGAGACCGAAGGGCUGAUGACUGGUCUGAGCAUCAACGCCUCUUACGCGCAAGCCAUCAUAAAGUCGGGCCUGUUCCCCUACUACAACACAGGCAAUAUGACGUUCGACUCGUUCAACGUCACGCAGCGCGUCGCGACCGACACGACCUUCCGCUGCAUCGAUCAAGCGACCGUCUACGCCGGGGCCGAGACCGGGACGUUCCCUGCCGCGUACUACUACGAGUUCGAGCGCACGAUCAACGGAUACAACCCAGAGAACGUGCCGGGCGCCCCGGUCACGCCGGGCUAUCCCAAUGGCAACCCGAACCUUCCGUACUUCAAGCUGCACGGCGCCGACAUGGACUGGGCGUUUGGCAACUUCUACGUGCCUCUGCGCGACGCCAACGACCUGUACUCCGUGCAGUUGGUCAGCGCAUACUUUGCGGAGUUUGUGAAGAGCGGACAGCCGAAUCCGCCCGUCCCUUACCUGCAGGCCAGAGGGUAUUCCAAGACCUUGCAAGGCGUGCAGGAGUCCGGGCCGUGGGAGAAAGUGUCCAACGCCACGGGUCCCAUCAAGCACUUCAACUACCCGUCUCCAAACGGUCCUUUUGUGGAUUUGCCCCAGUGUGCGUGGCUCAACUAUAGCAUCAGCUACUAUCUCGAUCAGUAG